AUGCUGAUCGAAGAGUGCCCGAUAAUUGGCGUCAACGUAAAAGUGUGGCUGUUCUGGUCGUAUUUGCGGCGUCCGCGGUUAUCCCGGUUUCUGGUCGGUUGCAUCCCCGUCGCCGUACUGAAUGUGUUCCAGUUCUUGAAGCUGUACUCGUCCUGGGGCGACAUGAGCGAGCUCAUUAUCAACGGAUACUUUACCGUGCUGUACUUUAACCUUGUCCUGCGCACCUCGUUUCUCGUGAUCAAUCGACGGAAAUUUGAGACGUUUUUCGAAGGCGUUGCCGCAGAGUAUAAGCUGCUCGAGAAAAAUGACGAAAUUCGACCCGUGCUCGAGCGAUACACGCGCCGUGGAAGGAUGCUAUCGAUAUCGAACCUGUGGCUGGGCGCGUUCAUUAGUGCGUGCUUUGUGACCUAUCCUCUGUUUGUGCCCGGGCGCGGCCUUCCGUACGGCGUCACCGUGCCGGGCGUGGACGUACUCGCCACACCGACCUACGAGGUGCUGUUUGUCCUGCAGGUUUACCUUACCUUCCCGGCCUGCUGUAUGUACAUCCCGUUCACCAGCUUCUACGCGACCUGCACGCUGUUCGCGCUCGUGCAGAUAGCGGCACUGAAGCAGCGGCUCGGACGACUGCAGCUGGAUACGGCGGUCGCCGGCCGCAGCCCGGGCACACUGUUCGCCGAGCUGAAGGAGUGUCUAAAGUAUCACAAACAAAUCAUCCAAUACGUGCAGGAUCUUAACUCGCUCGUCACCCAUCUGUGUUUGCUCGAGUUUUUGUCGUUCGGGAUGAUGCUGUGCGCGCUGCUGUUUCUGCUUAGCAUCAGCAAUCAGUUGGCGCAGAUGAUAAUGAUUGGAUCGUACAUCUUCAUGAUACUCUCGCAGAUGUUUGCCUUCUACUGGCAUGCGAACGAAGUGCUGGAACAGAGUCUCGGUAUUGGCGAUGCGAUUUACAACGGGGCCUGGCCAGACUAUGAUGAACCCAUCCGCAAGAAGCUGGUUCUCAUCAUUGCACGUGCUCAGCGACCGAUGUCGAUAAAGGUGGGCAACGUGUACCCGAUGACGCUGGAAAUGUUUCAAAAGCUGCUCAACGUUUCCUACUCCUACUUCACACUGUUGCGACGAGUGUACAACUAAACCUUUUAGCCACUAAGCUGUCACUGUUCCUUCUAUCAGCAGCCAUCAUCAAACACCAUUAGCAGUCACAAAGUUGCGAUUUUUAUCCCAUUUGAUUCCGCGCGAAAGUUUUCUUCGCAACCAAAUCCCUCAUCAAACUUGCGCGCGUACGUGAGUACGAAAAAACAAAAAAACACCGCGAUCGGUAAAGAAAGCGCCUGCAAAGCUGCAUUAUUGUCUUCUGCCAUCCAAUCGAGGAUUCUUAAAGUUUUCCACGCGCUCCGAGAGCCCGAAAAUCGUCGCUCGCUGACGCGGUUUGGAAGUAAAUGUUCGAUUCGCUGGCUCGUUGUGGCUCGAACAUCGAGAUGGAAGCGGACAGCAGCGCAGAUAAUCGUUCCGCAUUCGAGUAAAUGGGAGAAAAACAAGGGGAUACGGUUGCCACUCGUACUACCAGUACUUCAUUUCCAUGUUAAUUGAAACUAAGCCAACGAUACAUGAUGGAACGUGAACUCUCUCUCGCUCGCUGUGUAUGUGUGCUGGGAACGACGGUUCAGCCGAUUCCUUUCCCGGGAAGGUAUUGUUUGGGUUUUUAUUUUACAAAUUCAUAUCCACUUCCGCUAAGCGCACCAGUCGGUGUGCCAGUGCGCCAAGCUCCAGGACGGAUGAUGGGGUUAGUUAUCAAGCUACAACUAUGCAAAAACAUGACCAACAAACAUACAGUUCCUCUCCAGCCUUCCCUACCACACGGCGCAUCCCUGACCAGAUUGUAUCAUUGUUUCGUAGUCCUGGCGUUUCUGCCUUCCUAAUUCCAUUGCACCAGCAAAAAGGCUCAUCCUUUGGGUUGAUCGCAGCAGCAGCAGCAGCACCAUCGACAAGACGACCACACAAAACGAGGGAGAAAAAAAAAGGCAGGCACAGCCAUGGUUGUGAAAGUUCGAAGCGCUCGGCAGGCACGCAAGCACCCGACGAGCUGGGCCUGCGUUUCGAGCUUAUGGUACGGUUGGAUGGUACAACACUUCCCGAACGGGGCACAAAUACCGACGCACCGACCCCCUUUUUACCCGUGUCCCCGGGAAAACCGGUCGGAUAACAUGGAAAUGUUUAAUUAAAACUGUAAUUGUCAAUCGCUGCUACAAACGAGCGGUGAAGCAAGUGGAAGGCAAGCUCCGGGGAUCCGGCACUUCUGCUACGAUUUUGAUGUGGUUUACAAAUUUGAUUUCCACUGAUUUUGAGUGUAAAUUUAAUGCAUCGAAAAUUCUACCCAUCCACUAGGCUAUUGUUGUUAAGCUUUAGGCACUCCUAAGUGUGCUCAGGCAAUGCUGACGAAAACUGCUGUUAGACUACUUGCAACAAAGUAUGAUUGACAUCGAAACAGAAGAACUUGAGGCGGUGAAAUGUAAUGCAACUGCGACACGCUUCAAAGUAUGCACAAACAUAUUAAAAUAUAUCCGAAACGCUGAAGCAUAGGCUAACUUUAGGUGAUUUCAGCUCUCGAUACGCCUCAAUGUAUGCUACACAAAGCUUUU